AUGUUUCCCGUACCACCUGGACAGCCAUUCGGUGGACUCCCUAUGAUGCCAUUUCAGGCAAUGACACAGCAGGCUACUAGACAUGCUCGGAGGGUCUACGUUGGUGGCCUUUCUCCCUUAGCAAAUGAACAGACUGUUGCAACAUUUUUCAGUCAGGUUAUGGCCGCUGUUGGCGGAAACACUGCUGGUCCAGGUGAUGCUGUUGUCAAUGUGUACAUCAAUUACGAGAAGAAGUUUGCAUUUGUGGAGAUGCGAACAGUUGAAGAAGCGAGUAAUGCUAUGUCGUUGGAUGGAAUUAUAUUUGAGGGAGCUCCAGUGAAGGUGAGGAGACCAAGUGACUACAACCCAUCACUAGCUGCAACACUUGGUCCAAGCCAUCCAAUUCCCAAUCUAAACUUGGCUGCUGUUGGGCUGACUCCAGGGGCUUCUGGUGCGCUUGAGGGUCCUGAGCGUAUUUUUGUUGGUGGACUUCCUUACUAUAUCCCUGAGGCACAAAUCAAAGAACUGUUGGAGUCUUUGGGAGCUCUGAAGGGUUUUGAUCUUGUGAAAGACAGAGAAACUGGAAACUCGAAAGGAUACGCUUUCUGCGCGUAUCAAGAUCCUGCUGUUACAGACAUUGCUUGCGCUGCCCUCAACGGAAUUAUAAUGGGAGACAAAACUCUUACAGUGAGACGAGCUAGCGUAGGAACAACUCUGCAGAAACCCGAACAGGAGAGUGUAUUGCUGCACGCACAGCAACAGGUUGCUUUACAGAGGAUUAUGCUGCAACAAGGAACAGCGGCCACCAAAGUCGUGUGCCUGACCCAAGUAGUUACCGAGGACGAGCUUAGAAGUGAUGAGGAUUACGAAGACAUCAUUGUAGACAUGAGAGAAGAAGGCGGAAAGUUUGGUGCGUUAACUAAAGUCGUGAUUCCUCGCCCCAGCCCCGACGGUGAGCCUGUUCAGGGCGUUGGCAAGGUGUUUCUUGAGUAUGCGGAAACAGAGAGCUCGACCAGGGCGAGGACCGGAAUGAAUGGUAGGAAAUUCGGAGGGAACGAAGUGGUGGCUGUGUUUUACCCUGAAGAUAAGUUUGAACAAGGCGAUUAUUCUCUCUAG